CUGGUUUUACUUAAUAUUCCACCCUUAGAGCAAUCAGACUUCACAAUCAGAAGGGGGAGAGAGAGAAACCAAUCGAAAGGUGUUAGGAUACAUUAUACGUAUAUUACAAAACAUUGAAUUGUGAUAUACGUAGGAUUAUUAGAAUAUCAAUGCACCUAGGAGUGUGGUAUAUCUAGGACUCUUAGCAGCACCUGAUUAGAGUAGUAAUAGGAGUCCAGUACUUCUGUAAAAUAUAUAUAUAUAUGCUUGAAUACGUUAAUAAGAGCAAGUCAAGUUUUAGAGUUAAUCAAAUAUAUUCUCUAUUAUUAUUUGUCAUGGUAUCAAGUGCAAGGUAAGAAUCGGUUUUUUUUCCGCAAAACCCAAAGAAACACAGUGAGUCAUGGCGAAGGAUGAUGAUGUAUCAACGCCAUCGAAAGACGAACUUGCGAAGGAUUACUAUCUAGGAUCAUCUGAUGCUCCAGGAAACCUCAUAACACCAAUAAAACUUCGAGGAGCCAAAAACUACGAUGAAUGGUCUACAUCAGUUAGAAGGGCUCUAAUUUCGAAGAGAAAAUUUGGUUUCAUUGAUGGAAAAAUUAAAGAACCAACAACAGACCCAGACAAACUGGCAGAUUGGAUUGCUAUCCAUUCUAUGUUGGUGUCUUGGAUUAAAAACACAGUAGAAGAGUCGUUGAGAUCGACCGUUGGAGAUUUUGAUGAUGCAAGUGUCCUGUGGCUACACCUCAAGAAACGCUUCUGCGUGGUCAGUGGCACAAGGGUUUGCCAAUUGAAGUCCACGUUGGGUGCGUGCAAGCAGGGAGGUAAUGAGUCGAUUGAUGAGUAUUAUGGUAGGCUUUCAAUAAUUCUCAAUGACCUGGUAAACUAUGCUAGAGUACCUAAAUGUGUUUGUGGGUGUUGUAAGUGCGGUAUCUCCACACAAGUUGCAGAGAUUAGGGAAGAAGAUCACCUUCAUCACUUUCUGAUAGGGCUUGAUAAACCGUACGAGGCCAUCCGAGCACAACUACUGGCGCAGACUCCCCUGCCCACGGUAGAUGAAGCAUAUCAGUCAGUUAUUAAUACUGAGAACCUGCGUGUGGAAGAAGAACAGCGGCACGGGGGAGGCAUCAUGGCUUUCAAAACUGAAAUUAGAAGUAAUUCGAAUUAUCGUGAUAAUAAUGACAGAUUUUGUACUCACUGCAAUAAGUCAGGGCACGAAACUGAGACGUGCUAUCAACUUGUUGGGUUCCCGGAAUGGUGGGACGACAGAAGAAAAGGAGGAAGAAGUGCUGGUCGUGGCAAUGGUAGAGGAGGACGCGGGGGUCGAGGUCGUGCAGGGAGCAGUGGCAGUAGCACCCCUAGUAGUACUUCAGCGACAGGAGGUGUAAGGGCUAAUAGAGUGGUAAGCAAAACAUCUCAACAUCAAGCCUCGCCAGUAACCGCAAAUAACAUAGCUGAAGGGUUAGCAGGUGUAUCCCCAACGCAAGUCCAACAAAUAAUUGAUCUACUGACAUCCAAAGCCAAACCAAGGUUACAAGGACCGAUUGACGAGGAAGAUGAUUGGCCUGGGGGAACGUGAAGAUGGACUUUAUAUUUUCCGUGGUAUUCCGUUGGUCAAGGUGUGUUCGGUUCAGACUGAUUGUGUGAUAGAACUGUGGCAUCAAAGAAUGGG